AUGAAUGUCAGUUUUGUUGAUUGGAACAUCACGGCGUAUUCCGUACAAGACUUACGUCGUGUUUUAGGAGUGAGAGACAUAGUGUUCAUCUGUAUAUCUACCCUUGUUAUGCUCACUAACCUGGUAGUAAUGAUAGCUUUCAUUACUUCGUACAACUUGAGGGAACGCCUGGCUAAUUAUUUCAUACUAAACCUUUCAAUCAACGACUUCGCUACGGGAUUCCUCAAUGCAACAUACUAUGGAUCAUAUCCAUUUCGUUUCAUGUAUGGUCCGUUGUUUUGGUUGAUUCUAUCUUCAACGCAGUCAGCCGUAUAUACGUGCUCGUUUGUUUCGAUGUCACUGGUAAGUCUGGAUCGAUACAUCUAUAUCACAUCGCCAUUGCAUUACCAUUUGAGAGUGACUGCCAUACGUGUGAAGGCAGCAAUCAUACUUUCCUGGGUGAUACCAAUAAUUAUAAUGAUGAUUAUACCAAAUAUCGUAGAUCUCUUCUAUAAUGUAAUCGAAGAUCCUCGUCAUUUUAAUAUAUCUACCUAUGUUAAUAUUGCUGGUCCUAUUAUGGUCAUCAUCACUGUGUCGACAAUGCUAUUUACCAGUGUUCGUAUUUUAUUCGAAGCUCGUAAACAACAAAGAAAAAUCAAUAACCAAGUUAUGACGACAGCCACCCAGGUACAAUCAUUCAAACCAGCAGUUGAAAUUCGACGUUUGAUCAAUACUGGUGUCUUGGUUUUAGUGUAUUUGGCUAUGUGGUUGCCGUAUGUUAUUAUAGCGGCUGCAGCUAUUUCACGAACGAUGAACUAUGAUAUGAUCGAUGUGGCGGGGGGAUUUAUAUUUUUAAAUUCAUGUAUAAACCCUUUGUUGUAUGCAAUGAAUAGUGAUUUUAAGAAAGCCUACCUUAAGAUAUUUUAUUUCAUAAUAAGGAGUCCAUGA